AUGGUGGAAGCUCUAGUAAAGAGCACUGUACAACAAUUAGGUGAAGAAAAUGACAUCUUGCAAGAUUUUCAACAUGCCUUCGGGCGAGAACGUUCCUGCCUCUCGAACCUGCUGACUUGUCUGGAGAUCUGGACCAGGGCUCUAAAUGAGGGCUUUGGGGUAGAUGUCGUGUACAUCAAUUUCCGCAAAGCUUUCGACACUGUCCCGCACCAACGUCUUCUUCACAACUUGAACGCCAUCGGCAUCCGGGGAGAUCUUCUGAACUGGAUAAGGACGUUUCUGGUUGGUCGGAAACAACGUGUCAGUAUCGGAGAUGAUAUGUCAAAAUGGGUGAACGUGACCAGUGGUGUGCCUCAAGGCUCAGUUCUGGAACGAUUGCUCUUCAUCCUUUAUGUUAACGACAGCCUUCAGGAACUCGACUGCGGCAAAAUAAUGUUUGCCGACGACGUUAAGCUCUGGUAAGUCAUUAAGAGUCCGUACGACCAGAGAACCCUCCAAAACAAUCUGCAUCGACUGCAAGCGCGGUCGGAGAAAUGACUUCUAGAUUUCAGUGUGCAGAAGUUUGUCGUUCUCCAUCUGCGUCCAACCAACUCUCAUUCAAAUGAGAUCCUGAGAACAUAUCACCUGAAUGAUAAAAGACUCCCAGCAGAAUCCUCACAGAAGGAUCUCGGGGUGUGGAUACAGAACAACCUUAAACCAACACUGCAGUGCCACAAGGCUGCAAAAAACGCCAUGAAAUCAAAAGGACAUUCGUAACUUUCGACAAAGGCCUUUUUUGGAAGAGUUUACGGAACCUUUGUUCGUCCCAUGGGGGUGCUCCAUGCAAUCAAAAGGGUGUCCGUAACAUUUGACCAAGACCUUAUUGGGAGAGUUUACGGCACUUUCGUUCGUCCCCAUUUAGAGUGUGACAUGCAAGCGUGGCUACCCUGUCUUGUAAAGGACCAAACGUGCCUCAGAAGAGUACGAUUUUGGGUAACAAAGCUGGCAAACGGUUUCAAAAGCCAACCCUACAUAGAAAGACUUAAUUGCCUUUAUUUAUUACCUCUGUUACCCUGACCUACAAGAUAAUGCAUAGCUUUGAGCAUCGACUUAUCUUUGAGGACAUGUUUCAGUGGCACCUUUCACCCAAUCUUCAUGGUUAUUCGAUGAAGCUAAGGACAAAAAUACCCAUGCUGAAUCCUUGUUCUGAACUUAUCACACAAAUAGGUGGCAAACUUUUGAAUUUUAUAUCCUCCUACCUGGCCACUCGCACACAACGAGUUAAGAUUUCCAAUACUAUUUCCAACCCCACACGUGUGAGGAGUAGAGUCAGUCAGGGCAGUGUACUCGGCCCGCUUUUAUUUUGCCUUUUCGUUAAUGAUGUACCCGAUUUAUUUCAGAAUGGUAAGCCUUUCAUGUAUGCCGAUGUUCUGAAAGUUGCAUAUCGCUAUAGGCCGGCAGAUCGUGACAUCGUGCUUGAGCUCCUAAAGAGCGAUCUACAGGCUUUCGCACAGUGGUGCCGCACAUAGCGCCUUUCUCUUUCUUGGCAUAGGUGCUCAGUCAUGGUGGUUGGCGACGACCACCAAUCUCAACUAAAUAUUGAAGUUCACUCCAUAAAUGUGCCCAGGGUUAUAAAGGAUCUGGGCAUAUCAUACUCCAAGAGUCUCAAUCUCUCGGAGCACUGUGCCUUGAUAGUCUCCAAAGCACGUAGAACGACCGGGUUUAUCCUCUGA